AUGAGGGUUUCUUCAUUGUAUGGGCCCGCGGCGGCUGGGAUCUCGACUUUAUUUGCGCUUUUGCCGACCGCACAUGCCUUGACCUUCGAUGCGGUCUCGAUUCCCCAAAUCGACCUCUCCUCGCUGGGCCGGGUGACCAUCACGGGCGACUUUGAUGGUGUAUCCCUAUACGAAUAUGAGGGCCAGUCCGAAAUCACCCAGCGCCAGGGCUCGUCCAUUUUGACCCCGCUUCCCAAUGGCAUUCUUACGAACCUCUCGUCUGCUGACGCACAGAUCCGAGACAUGUGCGCCUUCACGAACAAGGACGGUACCUUGGCUGGGAUAUUCGUGGGCGGUAACUUCACUACGCUGGGAGGUGUCGAAUCGCCCGGCGCGGCUUUGUUCAACCCCAAUUCCAGCGUUGUCACAGCCUUGCCGGGCCUGACGGGCUCGAUCUCGGCCGUGCUCUGCGACCAGGACACCAACCGUGUCUACGUUGGUGGAGAUUUCACCCACAAAAACACAUCCAAUGCCAUCGCAUGGUCUCCCAGCGAUGGCUGGACUGAUCUCGCUUUUGAUGGAGUCAACGGCCCCGUCAACUCGAUCAUCAAGGGUGAUAAUGGCCAUAUCAUCUUCGGAGGAUCCUUUGAUGGCCUUGGCAACUCCACUAGCUCGUCUAACAACAAGCAGAUCCUCAACUUGCAGAAUGCGACUAUCACCUCCGAUGCUGAAUCUGCCCUGACUGGCUACAUCGAUCCCCGCAAUGUGAUCUGUUCGAGUAGCGGCGAGGCGGGCGCGGGAAAGACCUGGUUGCUCCACGACUAUGCCCCUGGCUUCUGGCGUGCGUACUUCGGAUUUACUUUCAACCCGACAAAAGUUCGCCUUUACAACACCCACUUGGAUGGACGCGGUACCAAAAGCUUCUUGUUCCGAGCUCUUCCCGACGAUGGUAUUAUGAAUAUGACGUACACGGAUGACUCGGGAAAUGUGGUUCAUUGCGACUCCUCCUGCCCGCUCUCUGACAGUACUAGCGAAAAAUACCGCGAUUUCACUUUGGUGAACCCCGUUGGUAUGGAGGGAUUCCAGAUUGAAAUUCUGGAUUGGUACGGCCAAGGUGCUGGAUUGAACGGCAUUGAAGUUUUCCAGGACCAGAUUCUGUCUUAUGCUGUUGAUGCGUUCAACGAGCCCAGCUGUGCGGGACUUGAUUACCCUUCCAAAUCCACUCACACUGGCUCUUGGACUGUCGAUGAUGCCGGGUACAUUUCAUCGUCGGUGACUGACCCCACCGACAGCAGCACCUCGGUCGUCUUCUACCCCGAUAUCAAGGAGUCCGGCAACUACACCAUUCUUUUUUACACCCCCGGAUGUAUUCAAGACAACAGCUGUAGCUCGCGUGGUAUGGCGAAUGUUACGGCCACCGUUGCGACUGGUACCGAUGCCUCGCAGCCAUCCCCAACGACCAUCUAUCAGACCAACGACUACGAUAAAUAUGACACCUUGUACUCUGGAUAUGUUGAUGCCAGCAGUGAUUCUUUCCGCCCCAGCGUUACCCUUCGGCCUAUUUCAGGCCAGGGAGCUUUCACACUUGUGGCGUCAAAGGUUCGCUUUGAACUGCUCUCAAACACAACCAGCGGUGGUCUGAAUGGUCUGUAUGACUUUGACCCUUCCUCCGGGACGACCUCCAACCUUGAUAGUUCCGACAUCAAUACGGCUGGCAACUCCCUGGACAAGGAUGCCGUGAUCAUGAGUCUGGCUGAAAAUAACGGUAUCGUCUACGUGGCUGGCAACUUCACUACCAAGACAAUCCACAACGUCAUGUCUAUCACCGAUGGCAACGCAACGGCAAUGCCUAGCGGCGGUCUGAACUCCGAGGUACUUGCCAUGACUACCCUCAAUGAUGUCUUGUACGUCGGAGGUCAGUUUACCGAUACUUCUGACGGCGGCGCCGACGGUCUUAACCAUGUGGCUUCCUACUCCUUCUCCUCCAAGAAGUGGUCGUCCCUAGGUGAAGGCCUUAACGGUCAGGUCGAUUCCAUCUACCCGAUCAAGCUGAACGUGUCGACGGCCAUCAAUGAGACCACUAUUGCCGUAAGCGGUAAGUUCAACCAGAUCCGUGCCACCAGUGAUCACCCGGCCGUUUUCGUUGCCGGCUUUGCCAUCUGGGUGCCUUCCAAGAAGGCCUGGCUGCAGAGCCUCAAUGAUACUCAAAUGGAGUUUGCAGGGCAACUCUCUGCUGUAACCUCCUAUAACGAUACCGCCAUCCUUGCCGGCAGCCUCGCUACGGAUGGGAUCACUGCGUCUGGCGCCGUCUCGUUGCAAAACCCCAACGACCUGACCUUGGUGCCUCUGUCCAUGAACACAAACCACUCUACCUCUAGCGUUGGAAUCAUCACGGGUGUCUAUGAUACCGAAUCUAGCCGCAACUUGACCAUUGUUGGUGGCCAGUUCACUGCGCUGAGCAGCAAUGGCUCUGCGAUUCACAAUGUUGCCUUCCUGAAUGGUACCGAAGAGAAGAUCUUCGGCCUGCCUCAGGGUCUGGACAACAACUCCACUGUCUACGCAAUGGCGGUGUACAACAAUACUCUGUUCCUCGGUGGCAACAUCACUGGAACCAUCGCGGACUCCAGUGUCAGCGGCGUGGUGGCCUACGACUUGUCAAGCAACUCGUUCAUGGACAACCAGCCCUGGUCUCUGACGGGUCAGAAUUCUGGUAUCAACUCUCUCGCGCUGAGACCUGGUUCAUCCGAGCUCUAUUUCGGCGGCAAUUUUGACUCCGCUGGCUCGCUCCCUUGCACUACUGUCUGUGCUCUGGAUACCUCGCUCAACACAUGGAGCUGGCCUGGUGCGUCUAUCAGCGGUACUGUCAUGUCUCUUACCUGGGCUAGCUCAAACACUUUGUACGCCGUUGGUGAUAUCGAGAUUGGCGAUAACAAGACUGUUGUCGCCACUUUCAGCAAGAAGACAUCAGCCUGGACCGCCUUCUCUGGCGCAUCCACCUCUGAUAUUACAGGGACCGUGACUGCUUUUGCUCCUGCUAGUGAGGACGUCUCCAACUUCUGGCUUGGUGGCACCUCCACCAAUGGCUCGGCCUUCCUCCUGAACUACGAUGGAUCGAAGUUCCGUUCUGCGGGUUCUUUGUUCUCCAAGGGCACGACCAUUCGUGGUAUGGAUAUUCUUCCCAUCAACCAGGAUCAUUCGUCUGUCUCUUUGUUGAAGAAUGACCAGACGCUGUUGAUCAUGGGCGAGCUUGUCAUCCCAGACUUCGGCAAUGCCUCUGCGGCUCUGUACAACGGAACCGCUGUCACGCCGUUCAUCCUUUCGUCCAAGUAUAACGGUGAACCUGGUAGUAUGUCGCACUUGUUCACGGAGAACCAGAACCCGUACACAAACCAAUCAUCCCACCACUCCAAUGGCAUUGUUGUCCUGGUUGCCUUCUGCUGCGCUCUGGGCUGUGUCUUCCUUAUCGUCGCUGCCGGCGUCAUCGCCAAUAAGAUCCAGCGCCGUCGCCAGGGCUACAGUGCUGCACCCCAGACCUUCGGUACAGACCGACCGACUGACAUGCAGCGCGUGCCACCAGAGUACCUCUUCAACUCCCUACGCCAACCCAACCCCGGCGCCCCAGUUAUCUAA